AUGUUAGCGCGGGCGCGGCGCGGGACGCAUGCCACUCACCAUGCCCCGGGGCUCCACGUCAAAGCAGACGUGCCCCAGGACGUGAGCAGACAAACCCCAGACCGCCAAGACCAAGCUCCUUGUUACGCACACUUACACACACUUCUCGCGCACACUUCCACCCUCGCACAUUCAAGGCAAACCCCCGACCAAUCUCUAAAAGCCCUCAACACGUCGCAGCAUAGCACAGCACAGCACAGCACAGCACAGCACGGCCAUCAUGUCAUCACACCAGGCGCUCCAAGGGCACUGGUGGUGUGGCAUCUUUACCGGAGCUACCACGCCGCGGCGGAAGAGGAGGAAGGUUACUCGAGCUACCCCGCGGCUGCCCAUACGUCUGCCAACCACUACAUGGUUAGCGAGAGUUCCGGCGAGAGUUCCGGCGAUGAAGACGGGCAGCAGCAGCAGCAGCGAGGGCUUUCACCCGCGGACAGGGGUCUGCAGCGCCCGUUGAACCUCCCCGCUCCCAUCCCUUUCCUUUUUCCCAGCACACUGGGUGGACCCCUGGUGUAUGAACCCCCGCCACCACCACCACCGCCACCACCACCAGCUCAACGACCCCGCCCGCAGACACACGCCAGCACGAAGGUUUCCCUUCACCGAGUCCAAAAUCACAACCAAGUCCAGAGGGAGCGCCUGACAACGUUCAUCGCCGAUGUUCAUGUCCUUGCGCGCCACACCACCUUCUUUAUCAAGUACUACCUUGCUGACCAUCCUCUACACGAUUUCCCGGACAUCACCCACAAGCACAUCAACUACUGUAAUGCUCAGGGAUUCGCCCCCAUCCGCAUGCAAAAUUGCCAACAGACCACAGCGUACACGGCUACGAGCAUCCUCACAAACCUCAAAGUUAACAUACAAGAGCAUUUCAUGCAAAUGUUUCUGCGCUACGUCAAUGAAAGGCUUGAGUUUCCAACCGAAGAAGAGCUUGCGCGCCUCAGACGACUUGAGCGGACCGUCCUCGACGAGUUAUGGGCUCUGUUUCCUCCCCAGGAUGAGCCGCUUGCGUACAGCCUUGCGGUGGACGCAAUGGCAUAUUUAGGUGCCUAUUGUGAGCUCUCACGCCUCUAUGAGCGCUGUGGAAUGCGGCUGUUUUCCGCUAUCCCGCUGCGCAAAUCUCGAAUCCACUCAUCUGUUCGGAUCGACACGCUGAUCCUAGCCACCCAUAUCCUGGGCUUGAGCCGACGUCACAUGGGGAAAUUCACCGAUCCACGCAAGCAGGGGCUGUGGGGGCAGUUUCUCAACGUGAAUGACAAGGUCUUCAAGCAUCGAAAGAAGCUUGGUCUUAAAUUUGAUGGAACAAUCAGCACAAAUGGGUAUUCCGCUACCAUCCACUUCAAGAAGCCAGGGCUCAAGUAUGGGCAUCGGGCCCGGAAGCGCAGCAAGGCCCAAAUGCGGGAAGAAGUCAAACAGCUGUAUUUUGAGCACCACAUCGCCGAACUACGGGAGGCUCCAAACAUCGUCAGCAAUGAUCCGGGCGAGCAUGACCUCUUGUUCUGUCGAGACAUCAAGAAGGAGCGGCCAUUUAGAUCAACACCCUCCUCAACCCUGUCCCCGUCCCCAUCCCCACCAUCCCCCCCCGUCACCAUCCCCACCAUCCCCUUUGUUCAACAUUCCGUUGCCGCGUUCUCACAAUGCACCACCCCAUACCAGAUACACAUCCAAUCUAUGGGCAGUCGAGACAAAGUCUCGGUACUUUCAAGAGACAUGACAGAGCAAAAGAUCAAUGCCAGCAUCGCUGAGAUGGAAUCACAUAUUCCGUCGCACAAGAGCAUGAACAUCGAGGCGUUCUCAGCGUUCAUUGUGGACCACGUACAUGCGGAUCCCGCCCUGGAUGAGUUUUACCAGGAUGAGAUUCACGUUGCUCGCAGAUUCAAGGCGUUCUCACUGUGGCAAAAGUCUGAGAGCAAGCUCAUCAAAAACAUGCGAUGCCUGUAUGGAAAGCAUUUUUUGGUCAUCUUGGGUGAUUGGAGCGACGCUGGAAAAACCAUGCGCUUUCAGUAGUCAUCAAAGACCAAAGGAUUCCGCACACUCUUUGCGAGAAACGGCAUUCCAUGCUACUUGCUGGAUGAGUAUCGAACGUUGUCGGUGUGCCC